AUGCGCCGUCGCAGGUUCAACGAGAUCGAGUUCGAUCGCAAGCUCUGUUUGGCAGCUUAUCUGCGCGUGGAAGGAACGGUCGCCACGAGCCGUAGUCGGGGCGCGAUCGGUGAUUCGACGCGCGGGAUGCGACAGUCUGCAGCCUCGGAGGCUCGCGUCAGCACAGCGCAGGGCCGAGCGGUCACUGGAUUGCGGCUCGGCCACAACACACAACGCGACCGGCAUGCGCGAAGUCGCCAGAUGCGAAAACACGAAGAAAAAGCAACAUGCGACGAGUGCACGCGCAACGAGGUGAUUGAGUGA